ACUUGCACAACCAGGUUUGGCCGCUUUGUUGUGGGUAAUGACAAGGAAGAGAGCUCGGUAUCGAGACUCUGCCAACCGGGGUACCUUUUGUAUUGGGCCGAAGCUGCCGACUGCGGUCUUCGCUAAAAACGGGUGGCGAGCAUGGUGCCGUACACAGCCCGAGCAUUGCCAUCGUUUCCCUUUAUUUAUACGUUCCUUCGCUUCUUGGACUCUUUCGACUACCUCGCCUGCCCUGAGGCGCCCACCAACUGCCACAAAUCAUGUUCUACCCAAAGGUGCGCACAGUGCCCCUCGCGCUCGCGCUCGCGGCGUUUGCGACCUUGCCAGAUGCGUACGCGGUCUACGUCCCACGACAGGAUACGACGACGGACAAUAGUCAGCAGACGACAUCUGACAACGAUCACCAGACGACGAGCACGGAGGACAACACCAGUACCAGCGCGGAUGACAACACUAGCACGGCCACGGGCACCCGCACGCGCACCACCUCCGCGACGACUACGGGGGGAUCCUCCACUCAGACCACCUCCUUGGACUCGAGCACUAGCACGUCCGACUCCGCGAGUUCCACGAUCACCAGCAGUUCAACGAGCUCGGACAGCUCCUCGUCCUCCUCCAAACACCACUCCAGCACAAGCUCUAGCACCAGCGCCUCGGCCUCCGCCACCGAGUCCUCCGACUCGUCCUCCGGUUCCGGCGGACUCUCCGUCGGCGCGAUCGUGGGGAUCGCCAUCGCGGGUCUCGUCGUCGGCGGUCUGAUCUUCAUGAUGCUUACAGCCUGGGCGCGGAGGCGGCACAAGGCUGCGAAGCGGCCGGCGACCAUGGUUUUCGACCCGAACUUCUUCGCCGGGUCCAAGGCGGGGGAGUCUGUUCCCCUCACCUCGCAGACCACGGAGCAGGGCGAGCUGGCGCGCUAUAGCGACAAGGCUGAGACGCCAGGGACUGCUGCUACCGCUUCCACCUCCCACGACCUCUACCCUCCUGCGCCAACUCAUGCAACCUACACGAACUCGUCGGCAGCGUAUUCCUACUCGGACGCGUCGCUCGGAGGUCCGCCGCUGCAGCAUGCAGAGAUUGCACCUCUACACGCUCCGACGCCCAUAAAUCCAGCGAUGGCCGCCCCGAUAGCGUUCAGUCGUGCAUCCACGCCAACCACAUCCGGCCGCACGGCGACUCCUCCUGGACAAGUUGGUUCACCACCAUUCGCGCCUCGUUUGGAUUCGCCUCACUUCGAAGGACUGGGCGUUUUGCCCGCGCUGCAGCCUGGAUCUCGCGACAGCUCUGUCGGCCCGCGAAGCUCGCGAGCAGACAUGGGCGACAUGUUCUUCACGACGCCGCCAAUGUCCCCCACCCUCGGUGGCCUGUCCGCGGCGCGGUCUCUCGAACCUGAGCACGCGAGCCGCCAAUCCAGGGAGAGCGACGACUUCUCCGCGUCCCACGAGGGCGAGCAAAGUACCUCGUCGCAUCUACCGUAUCCCGGGGACGCACCAAGCCGCGGACGGCAAUGAGGAGCUCUUCAAAAACCUUCCAUGUUAAUGGACCUCGCAUCACAGUAUAAUAUGAUCUAAUCGUAUCUAUCGCAUUCGCUUUUGUUGUUUUGCCAGUUCACCCACUCACUAAUCUACUCAAUGCAUUUUUUCCUCCCGCACCCGCAUCUCGCUCACACUCCUCUACCUCACCUACUUCACCAUGACUCUUCAACCCCUCACCUCACCACAUUACCAGAAUGCCCCUCACUCGCGCGUUCACCCAAUGCGCAUACACGGACUACCUUCACAGUGCAUGGACUUUGGCCACCGUCGUACAUGGACCCUUUUCUCUACUAGUUGGUUCUACAUACAUACCUGGGAUCACCGCGGACUCGUAGAGCAUAUUUGUUACACGCGUAUGGAACCGUUGAAUUCCAGGUGCUUGACCAGCUUGACUGGCUUCGAACCCAAUUUUCCUGCCAUUGCUAUUGAACAGCUGUCCACGAUGUAUACAUAGU